GUCCUCUUGUAAAAAAAAAAAGAGGGACAUGGGUAGAGAGAGGGAGGGAGAUACGAUGAGAGAGGGAGAGAAGGCAUGGUAUAGAGAGCGAAGGGGUGAAAACAAAGUUUAAGAAAUACAUUUUCAACCGUUGUUUAAUUCAAGUUGUUGCGUAAAUAAAUAAUUUCGUAACUGUAUUUCUAAAUACAUUUUCUCAGCCAACCAUCAGCAUCAUGCUGGCGGAGUCUUACGAGUUAUCCACAUCGAGACAACAGGAGCCUUCAGACGUUAAUUUUCCUAGCACAGCAAAGAUGGCUGCCUAACCCAGACUUAGGUGCAGAAGAAGAAUCCGUUUGGGCAACACACCCAAAAUGGCCGAGGCAUUCCUGAGCAGCACGAUCUCAGCUUCGGGGGCAGCUCUGCCUGUGCCCUCGUCCCUGAGCCUGGAGCAGAAGGCAGCUUUUGUCUUUGUCUUCCUGCUCUUCAUCAUCCUGGGCCUGCUCAUCGUGCGCUGUUUCCGCAUCCUACUGGACCCCUACCGCAGCAUGCCCUCCUCCACCUGGACUGACUACAGGGAGAAGGACACCUUCGACUACCUCAUCCCCUGAGCGCGAUCGUCCGUGCUCCACAGGCAGCGAGCACAUUGCCCGUUGGCCAGACCUGGUGCCGCGGGUAAAUGCUCCCCAGAAAGGAGGGGAUGGAUCUGAUGUGACCUUUCUUUUCCCCUGAACAAUUUAACCAUCAAAUUCCCUGCUGUCGUCUCUCUGCGGAUGUUGGUUUCUGAAUCUUAUGAAGGAACAUAUUUUCUAAAACCAAUAUCUCCUCUUGCAGACUUGACUGACCACAAGCCCACCUCACCAGAUCUGUACUCAUUAACAGAAGCACCGUCCUUUAAACUGUUCAAAAUGACACCAUUAGCAAAAUUUUGAUUUAAGGAAUUCUAUAUCGAGCAGGUUCUGCUCUAUAUCCCUAGAUGUCCUCGAUCUGCCCUACAUAUCAAGAUUUCACCCCCCUUCUGAGAGUUUAACUGAAUUGAAUUGAUCUUUGGGUUAUAAUGAUGCUGUUUACAUCUGGGAGAUGUGAUAGGCUUCUGUUUCUGCAGUGAUAGGAGAGGGAAGAAUGCACAGACUUAAAUUUACCCAACAAAAUCCUCUUCUCUCACUGGUCUCUGAUGUGCAAUGUCUCAUUUCUCCCCAUACUUAAAUUCAAAGGAAAGAAAUCAGAGGAGAUUAUUUUGAUCCCUUUUUCUACGAUAUCAUCUGUUGUUGAUGUGACAAUGUGAUUUGUUGUUGAGAUCUCCCUGAUCCUUGAGCAGUAGGGAAGUUUAUUGUGUGAUAUGAUGAUGUUUUGAUUAAAGUCUGUGCACCAGACUUCCAUAUCGCUUGAGUAGAGUACAGUGGAGUCAAAAAGUUUACAUAUUUUUAUUACUUUUCUGUAAAUUAAUAUUUAUGCAGUAACGUUACUCUUACAGUGGUGUUUGUGGAAACUCAUUUGUCCACUGAAGCUUUGAAUACUGUGCUUCAGAUAUACAAGAGGAGAAUAUCUGUUUAAUAUGCCAGAGAGUUAUCUGCAUAAUUAAGCAAUUUUGUUAUUCAAAGAAUGUUGUUAUGGAGAAUUGCAGGAUGACCCAGACUGGAGUCAGUAUACAUUGAGAAAUGCUAAGAAUGAAUUAUAAUAGCCAAACAGAAAAAUUAAUUCCUGAUCAGUAGAGGAGAAUUUUCCCAAACUAAAUUAAUUGAAUUCUGUUUGGUUCUAAGUGGAUUUAAAUGUCUGAUAAAUCUUUAUUGCACAACUGCAAUAACAAUAACAAAAUACCUGUCCAUUUUCAUUCCCAGAGGAAAAUGGUAAUGAACUAAAUAUACAAGAUUUAUGAAAUGUGUCUGUAUGACAUAAUGACAUUUCUAGGAUCAAACUUUAAUCGCAGUGCUUUGUUCAUCCAGUUGUGAUGUUUAUGUAACUGGGGUCAAGAGGUAAGAUGGGUCAUAUUAUUGGGUACUAUUGUAGAGUUUGCCACAGCUUUGCACUUAUGGGUUAUAAAAGUCCUCCUAGUUUCUCAGGAAGCAGAUCCAAGGCUAAUAUAAUCCAAAGUGGUGGUCAGUCGAUUGUUGGGCUUGCAUGGUCUAGAUUGUGUUGCACUGCCUUAUUAAAAACAUUCCAAAUAUCUAUUUUAAUCUGCGGAUACACUCUUGGUUACAGAUGUGGGGUGACAAAUGAGCACAGAUGGUGAGUGAAUUUUUACAAACUUGCGUCCCUUUAUUGACUAUGUCUGUAGAUCUUAGUUUGACCCACUCCCCCUGUCCCUUCGCUCUAUGCCUUAUGAAGUUGCUUGUUUACAGUCAUAAGCUGGCAGUGAAUCAGCCAAGCUCAACCUCUGAGAGCUCUGAGAUGUAUAUCCCUAUGCUGGUGGCACUUUGACCUACGCUUUCUUCUAUGGUACACUGUGGUUUAAGGUAGAAAGCCAGCCCAUGCAUACCUAUUGUGCACAGUGUGUUUGCACGUUGUUGUUGCACUGUUGUCCUGUCAGCAUUUCAGUGACACCAGGGGACAAACACUGCACUCUGGUGUUAAAGGUAAACUUGUCUUAGAAUUUACUUUGCAGUUUACUUACUAUGAUCCAGCCUACUUUUCAAUCUGUAAUAUUUUCUUCUCCAGGUGUUUACUUUUUGUAAUAAAAUGGUUCUUUCAUUAGCUCAA